UGCUCAUUAAACCAAUGGAUUUAAUUCCACGACUGGAGGACAUCAAAGAAGACGUCAAGGACAUCAACGAAGCCGACAUCUUAGAAGCUGUAAAUAUUCCCAAGGAACGUGCUAAACGGCGGAAAUCGGAGCUGAUGGCCCAGGCAGCAGCAGCUAAGGAACCUCCCCUCUCUAUGGUGGAAGGCGCAGGGGUCCCGUAUGAAAGUAACCAGAGUUCUUCAUGGAAGGUCAUGUCGUCAUUUCCUACUACAAUGAUCACCACACCGAAGUUAUUGAACAUGGACAUCAAUCGCAGUCGGCAGGCCGCUCAAGACAUUCUGGUCCGAGUUAGCGAAGGUUCACUAGAUACGAAGUCCGUUAGUCUUCCUCCGAUAAACUUUUUCCCCAACUUGUAUGGUUACUUCAAGAGACCAGGCGACGGCAUCCGUAAGACGAGAAGCGAACCCGCCCAACCACGAAAGAAAAUUGUGAAGACUUUCAGAUCGAGAGUUAGAUUUCUCCCUCCGAUUGCUACACUAUACCCCGGUGAAGACCAGGACGAAGUUUCUUAACAUUAAUACUUCCAAAUGUACAUUAAACGAGAUAUUAGAAAUGGCUACAUCUCUGGCUACAUCUUUGGCUGGAAUCUGAAUAAAAUCCACUUUGCCUUUUUUUUUUUAAAUUUCGUCUAAUGCAUGAAAUUUGUUUUAUUG